AGUGAUUGUGAAUUGAUCGGUAAAUUGUAAACUAUCCAGCCAAAAUGUUCACACCUCUUUUCAUCUGUGGCAUCUGGACAGUCGUGACAGGUGCAUCUCAGGUGAUUCACAAGACAGUUCAAACAGCCAUAGCUGGAGAAAAUGUGACAUUAUAUUGUCAACUGGCAGAAGGCUAUGAUGUCGUUCAGGUUACCUGGCAGAAGGACCAUGGGAAAGACAAGACUAACAUAGCUACUUACAGCACGACUCAUGGCUCUAAAGUCCUGGGCAAAUAUCAGAAUCACGUGCACAUUUCUCAGAGUGGGCUGAGUAUUUCUACCAUCACUUUCCAUGCUGUAACAUUAAAGGAUGAAGGCUGUUACAACUGCAUCUUUAACACAUUUCCCUUGGGAUCUAUGCCAGGCAGGACAUGUCUCAAGGUCUAUGCUCUAGUGGAACCCAAGUUGGAUGUGGAGCAUGUUAAUAGUCCAGAUGGCACAGGAAAUGAAAUGCUAAAAAUAAGCUGCUCAGCAACAGGGAAACCAGCUCCAGUGAUCACCUGGAAGGUCCCAGAACACAUUCGGAUAAAGCCAGUGCAAUUUGUCAUCUACCACCCAAACCAAACAGUGACUGUUGUUAGCAAUUUCACUUACAUGUCCUCCAAAGAUAUCCGGGAGAACUCAAUCAACUGUGUCAUCCUACAUCCAUCUUUAAACACUACACAUGAGUUAACUUUACCUGAGAAUGGGGUAGAACAAGCAAAAAGGAAAGUCCCAAGAAUUCCUCUGAUUGUCUCUUUCUGCAUAUUGGUUGUCAUGUUCAUCCUGGGGCUACUGACUUUUUCCAUCUACAACUGCAGGAGCAAAAAGCAAGAUCUUCUACGCAUGGUAAAGAAGGGUCUUUGUUCAAUGUGGACUUUCCAAGGCUUGACCAUGGCCAUCAUCUCUAUAAUCCAUUGCAGGGUACAAGGUGCCAUCAUGACAGAGGAUAAAGAAGUGGAGCUGGGUGGCAAUGUGACCUUGAGAUGUAUCCUAAUAGAGUCUCUUGAAAUACUUCAGGUUUCGUGGCGGAAACAAAUUAAUGAGAGCUCUAUAAAUAUUGCAGCGUUGAGCAACAACAACACAAAUGUGUAUAUUGCUGAGGAAUACAAAAGUCGACUCACCUUCACACAUUUAGCACUCAAUGACACUGCCAUCACCAUUUGGAAUGUUAGCAAUUCGGACAGGAGCUGCUAUGAAUGCAUAUUUAUUAUAUUUCCCUCAGGACCCAUCUCAAAAAAAUCCUGUAUUCAUAUAUAUGAUUUUCAUGCAUUUCUACACCAUCACAUUACUGAUGGACUCCUGAAUGCCACAUGCACAGCAACUGGUUUUCCAUCACCCACAAUAACCUGGCAUGGACCUGCAGGUGAAAAGAAUGAGUGGAAGGAUAAAAAAAAUGAAUGGAAGGUUGAAAAUCCCAAUGGUACAGUGUCUAUCAUCAGUAACAUACUCAUCAAUACCUUAAGUAAUUAUGGGCAAGAGCUGAUCUGCAAAGUCACAUACGGAGGGCAAGAGAUGGUCUACCAAGUGCCCGGGACAGAAAAAGGCCACUGGAAUACAGUUCCUGUGUUGCUAACUAUAUUGGCACUAAUCUUUGUGGUCUUGAUAAUAGCAGUUGUAUGCUGGAAACAACACAGGAAAAAACACAGUGGAUUCUAAAGGAUUAAAAAAACAGCCAGUAGGUUGUUUCAUGGAACAGAAAACUGCGUAAUUAAUAUGCCAUGAAUACAGCAUCACCUUAAAGAAGCAUUGGAUUAAUUUUGAGAUCUACCAUAGUCAGUCUUGCAUCUUUUUUUUCAUUGUCAUUUAAAAGGUGCCUAUGGGGAAGACCUGCUGGCUUUUAUCUAAAUUAUGGCUACCUCCUACUUUCCUCUAAUUGAUCUAAUUUAAUUCUUCAUCUCAAGCAACAACAUUAUGCAAAUCUUUGGUUUUAGGAGCCAGCCCCAAAAUUUAUGGACCAAAAUCAUUUUUCAGCUUUCAGAGUUUCAUAUUUUAGUGACCAAAUUUUCUAAUUAUUGCUACCACAACGUCUAAUCCUAACACUUCUCCCCAAUUUCUUAUAAUUCCAUUAUUGCUUUUAAAAGCUCCAAUUGCAAAUUGGAGUCAGAAUAGAAAGCAACUGGUUAAAUAAUUCAUCCACCACAAAUAAGCGGAGUAAAGUUAAGCUGACACGUAAACAAGCAAUGACAAGAAUUUCAUGCACAAUUAUUUUUAUUUUGUUGUAUAUGAUACAACUAAAAACGCGGAUGAGAAAUGAAAAAUUAGCUUUAGGUCUAGUCAGCUUUUCCUCUCAAUUGUGGCUAAUUCCUUUCCUUAUUAUAUUCCCUGUGCCACAUGGCUUUUGUCUAUGCAGGUCUCAUGAUCUCAAACAUAGCCUUUUGUAUGGUCAAAAGGAACCUUUUCCACCCAUUUUCACCAGUGGAGAAACUGGUUGGAUCCAACCAAUUUGUAGUUCCUCUGAAAAAUGCUGAGAGAUACUUACAAUAAAAUAAUUGCUAAAAAUACUACGCACUGCAAAGAAAAUUUCUAGGCACUGAUACAACCUGGUGCCUGGCUUUGUCAAGCUCUGACAGAGGAUUUAAAAGGACUAUGCAGAUUUCAAAAUCAGGCAUUAUGAAGAAAAAGCAUGGACCCAAUUCUGUGGGGUCUUUCCUUCAGAUAUAUUGCAUUGCUGGAUUGGGACAGUUUCAAGGUCCACCUGUCCCAGAAAAGAGGGACAUGUGCUGAGAGAGAGAUGAAGCUCUUCUGAACUCCUGUUGAUGAGCUGACUGAGGUGUCACCUGGAGACAGCUUAACCUGCACCCUGACAGACCCAGCCAUGCUAGUGGCCCAUGGUAUGUCAUGCUUCAGAGAAAAACAUGUGGAAAAGUAGGCUUGGCUCUCCCACCACCCAGUGGGCUAAGAGGCAUCACCUGAGGAAGGGCCGUAGCUGAUUACUCCCGAACCUUGCUCAAGAACUCUGAGGCGAAAGGAGAAAUUUUCCCUCAGACUCUCCCAUCUACUUCUUUCUAAAGCUCUUGUUUUCCAUUUCAAAAAUUUCUCUCCCUUUGUUUGUCCUUUAAAAGUGCCUUUUUUUUACAAAUCUUUCUUGCAAAACCCUCUUCAUGUUUCUUUCAAAAAUAUUUCUCUCUCUUUCAAACUUUCCCUACUUUCUUUCAGCAAUUGCUCUCUUUUUUAAAACUCUUAAGAGCCUUUAAAACACUACAAGAUUAUCUACUUUCCUGCUUUCUGGGGAGGAGGGUAUUAAAAGGGGGAUCUUUCCCCACAGGCACAUGUGUUUGUGAGCCAAACUACACAUUAUGAUGGCCAUGGGUCCAACUGACCCAUUUUAGAGAAUUUAGCCAUUUAAAAAUUGUUGCCAAGGUCUGCCCUUAUCAUCAAUCUGUGGUGUAGGAUCAUCAUGUGAUUUAGUCCCUCCAUGCCCUUUCAACUGCCAAAACAGACUAUUUCAACACUUGAAAAGGUACAUGGGGGAGAGCAAGACUGCAUGGUGUUGCUGCACCACAAGCUAAUGAAGACUGGACCCUUGCAACAAUUCUUAAAUGCCUACAUUAUCCUAAAAUGGCUUCAUCAGCCAUAGGUUGGACCCAUGUCUGCUAUAACUAGUAGUAUAGGUCUACAUGCAUACUCUUUCAGAGAUUCCCACCCUCACCCUAGCUGCAUUUGCUUACUUGCAUGUGUAUGUAGAGAGAAGGCAACAUUUCCUCUCUUCCCCAUUUAUAGUACUUUAGUAUCAUGCUUAGAAAAGUAAUUGCUUUUAAUAAGUGAAACAGAUAAAAACCUAAUCAAAAUAAAAAAACAAAAUAUGCAUACUUAUCCCACCACUUUGUGCUGCAUUUUUGCUUUGCAAGACAAAUCUAUGUAAAGAAAAAUGCAUUUGCUAAACACAAUGAAAAAUAAACCCUGAGCAGCUUGCAGUAGCUGAAUUCACAGCAGUCCUUCGGCCAUUGUUCAUUAACAGAGGAACAUUUGAAGUAAAAAAGAGAGAGAGAGAAUUUUUAGUACAUUCUAGUAGUGUACAUUAAUUAACAAUACCUAAAGAGUAGCAUUCGCUCAGCACAAAGUAUGAACCUUUCCGCCCAAACCAUGGAAACCUAAACAGUUUGUUGACAGAGUGAGUUUUUGUUCACAAAGAAGCCCACUGAUAAGUAUGUAUAGGUUAAAGAGAACAAGAUAACUGAUCAGGAAAUUACAUUAAAGGAUAGAGAGAAAGAAGAUCUAGGCUUCUAGCUACAUGGUUGCAUGGAAGAAAAUAAUAUGAAGAAGUAGGAAGCAAGUUGCUUUCUGGAGAUGAACAAUGCAGAGUAGAAAGAAGCACCAGCUGACUAGAUUUCUCUUUUGCUGCCCCCUGCAGGAGCUUCUUUCUGUAAAAUUGGGCAUUGUAUAUUUCAACAGUUACCGCUCUUUUAAGUCCAUUAACAGACUUAGAAGGGUGUAGAACUGGUUAGGACUGUACUGCAAAUGUCUGUUCUACUGAAGGAAGAGCCUCCUGAGGAAGAGGUAACAGGAAGCAAAAACUGCACUGGAAAGGGUCUCACCCUCAGCCCCCCACCCCUUGCAAUGGAAGGGGAAGGGAGAAAAAGGAGUUAAUCUUGGUGAUCUUAAUGGCCAGUUUCCUCCAAGUUAGCCAAUGGGAGGAAGGCUUCUUAGGAUGGAGGAAGGCGUCAAACUUCACUGAAGAGAGUGAUAGCAUAUAUGCCAGUAUUUUCACCAUUCAGUGUAAUAUCAUUUAGAAAUAUAGUCUUUAUAGGCUUGCCAACCCCCAGUGGGUGGCAGAGGAUCCCCUUUCUCUGGUGCUCAUUUCCUGACACUGGGAGAAAACUUUUUUUUAAGUGGCUGUCAGGCCAAUAGCAUGAUAGCAUUUCCAGGGAUAACCCAGAAUCAACACCAGUCCUCUCUAUGAUUCCAAAAGAAGAUGACAUCAGUUGUGGCCUUUCCCCUUGGAAGCAAAAUCACACCAUCGCUGACUGCUGCCCACCUAUCCCCUCCCAGGGGAAAACUGGGAAAACUCUAUGGUUUAAUCAUGGAAUUUUGCCCAAAUGCUAAAACAUCCCUAGUGACAUGCUAAUGCCACUUUUGGAAACAUAGGAAAUCAUGUCAGCCCCCCCCCCACUCCAUUUUGCCUCCAUUUUCCUCCCACCAGCCAGUUAAGCAGCAGCAGGAUGGACCCAAACGUUGCAAGAAAUUCCCCACUACCAAUGGAAACUUGGAAUGCCUGUUGCCAUGCCGUGCCUGGCAACCCUAAGUCUUUAUGAAUAAAGAGAGCUGGGGAAACAACUGCCUCAAGGCUACUAUGUACAUUUUAUUUGCUGUUGUGCCCACAACACUUUUUGUGUGCCUUUAACAUUUAUUAUAUAGGGAUCCUAGCUAGGGAGCUGGGAUGAUUCCCUUAUAUUUAUUGUGUAAAUAUUUUCCUGUUGUGUCUGAUUCCAUUUUGGAAAGUGAAGAAUGUUUUUUAAAAGUUGUGCCUAGGAAUCACAGUGUUUCCCAAGAUGCAGACCUAAAAUUUUCCAGUUGUUUAUUAUAUAUGUACCAUUCUGUUUUAGGAACAUUGAUUCGUCAUUUUAUACUACUGUUACUAUUCAUUGUGCCUUCAUUAUUACUUCUUCUCUGGCUACCUCUUUUGUAAACCAUUGCACUGAGUAUACAGAUAUAUCUGCUGAAUUUUGCUGAAAAGACACCAAAUAAAAGUAUUUCAA